AUGGAAAAGCUGAAGGAAAAGAUCUUUCAAUUUGGAAUAUAUGGAGCAAAGCUGGAAAAACUCACCAAAGAUGAAAUAGAAAUGGCCAUUGAAGAGCCGUGGGUGGAAAUAAUACAGACAGAUACUGUGGAGAAACUGAAAAGACACUUUACCACUGACUGCUUGAGGGUUGAUACAAAUAGAUCCAUGUUAAAGAGUUAUGACUGGAGCGACUUGUACGUAAGGAUGGGAACCCUAGCAUGGAAAGAUUAUCUGACUGCAGGAACAUUUAACUUUACAUCGAAGGAAUACUUUUUGAUAAUGAAUCUUCUGAUAGAAACCAAGGGGUAUGUAGAUAACGUGGAGCUCAGAAAGCUGUGCUUAGACCCCAAGAAGACACACUACUGUAUUAACAGACUUGCAAAAAAGGGGUUUAUUGAGUACAGAACAUCUGAUGAAGCUGAGAAGAAAAGCUUCAUAUAUAAGGUUAGAGUGAUAAUAGACGAAAAGGGGUUUGUGACACGAUGCGUAGAGAGUCAGCCGGCAGAUCCAAGCCGGGCUGGAUCUUGUGGGAAAUUCCGUAUGUUUGAGUACAGAAUUGAUAUCGGGCUCUAUGAUAACAUUAGAAGUAUGAUUCUAAGCUCUGAGAGGGGGAUAAUUACAGAAGAUUUGAAGAACAAGCUCGGUGUUAGCUCCAAGAUCGGAUAUAAGCUCCUCAAUAAGGUUUUUAAUGAGGAGAAAGAGGUUUUCAAGAGAGUCAAGGAGUUUGAGGGCAGAGUUAGAAGAUACAGAUAUCAUGCUGCCAGCAGAAGGGCCUUUCCUGCAACUGAAAGAGGAGAAAAAGGUGUGGGAUACAUAACUUCUGAAGAAAGAGUGAUGGCAAUUAAAAAGCUCAUGUCGAUGAGUCCUAUUCUCCAGCUUGACAAGAGAACCUAUGAGAAGCUCCAAGAGAUUACGGGAUGGAGAUACGAAUUUGAUAGAAGAACUAUAAUCAAGGCAGCCAUUCUUGCAGGAUUCAAGAUAUACAAGCAAAAGAGAGGAAGAGAAGGAAAGUGUAGUAGAUACAUGAUAAUGAGGAACGAGAUGGUUGAAUCUGAUGUCAAGGCUUUGGAGAUGUCGAACUGUGAUUCCCAAGAAAACAUGUCUGAGUUCCAGAGGAAAAUAUAUAGCAUCUUUGUCAAUUCUCCAAAACUCGUGGAAAUGGAUAAUGGAUAUGUCCCAUUGAGAGAGGAAAGGCUGAAGCUAUUAUACAAGUUCCUUAUUGAGAAAAUGUCCUCCAAAGAAGUCGAGUCUCUGGGAUUCGAUUGGGAGGUGAUAGGGGAGAUGGAGUUCGAUCUCCUAUUGUCUAUUAUUCCUUUCAGCAGAAUCGGCUUAAAGGAAUCCUUGUGUAGGUUUAUAGAUUCUGGAGAAGCCGACACAGAUGCAUUCAAAAUAAGAAAUUAUACAUUGCAUGGUGAAAUAGAAGAACCCUAUUGCAGCAGCUCAGUAGGGAAGACAGUUGCGGAGGUUAUUAAUAUGGAGCUUCCACAAAGCAUAAAGAAGUUGAUAAGGUUGAAGGUAGGGAUAGGAAACUUUGCCUCACUGUUCAAGCAGUUAAACGAUCUUAGAGUUCUCGACAUUUCAAUUUCGAGUGAGAAAGUUGUGGUGAAGAAAACAGACAUGGAUCUUUCCUCAGGAAUAAAAGCCCUCGAGAAGGCUAAAAGAGCUAAGGGUGGAGGGAAAUAUAUCUGUUUGAGUAGGAGGAUCGAGUUUUUCAAAAAGGUAUGUAAUGUUGAGGAAAAAGGGUUCUAUGACGAGGCAUAUAAGGUCAUCUAUACAGAGUUCAAGGGAGACGAAUUUGAGGCUAUGUUUGACAGGCUAAAAAUGUUCAGGGACGAGGAGGUCGACGACCAAAAGCAAAGCACGUUUGAAAGGCUAUAUAUGGGGUUCAAGAAAAACAUAAUUGAACUUGGAUGGCUAGGCACACUUGACUUCAACUCAUAUUCUGUUUCUGAGGCCAAAAGAGCACUCAAGGCCCUUUCUAGAGACAAAAUAAUAGCAAACUACAAAGGGAUAAAGAAAGUCGAGUUUGUUACACCCCAUGAAAGCUUUCUGAGAGUAAUUAAUAAGAAGUAUGAUGUGUUCAGGUUCAAGGGAUACCACGAACAUAAGGGUAUGGGAUACUUCUCACAUUACUUCGACCUGGUCUAUUACACUCUAGCAACUUCUGGUUCUCUAGAAAUCAACGAACUAAUCUCUCGAAUAAGAUUCAUUGCUAAUUUUGAGAUGGAAAUGUUUCUUUCAGAAUAUAAAAAAGUGUUCAAAGUUUCCAAUCUUAACAAUACUAGAAUUGUUUCUCUUGGAAUAUUUAUGGAUCCGUUUGAAUAA